UCUGGGUGUGCCGCUGCUCUUGCAGACCAUGGCACCCUGGCUCCAGCUCUGUUCCUUCUUCUUCACUGUCCACGCCUGCCUGAGCGGUUCCCAGCUGGCCGCCGCCGGCUCGGGCAGGAAAGGGCCAGCCGGGGACACCUGUGGUUUGAGGAGAAUGGUACCAGCCAGGAACAAUGGACUGCUCAAUAUCACUUUUAAAUAUGACAACUGCACUUCAUUUUUGAAUCCAGUGGGAAAACAUGUGAUUUCUGAUGCACAGAACAUAACCAUCAACCAAUAUGCCUAUAAUAACCAGGUUGCAGUCGCCGUGCUUUGGACAGCAAAUGCUCUUGGCAUUGAAUUCUUAAAAGGAUUUCGAGUAGUACUGGAAGAAUUGAAGUCAGAGGGAAGACAGUGCCAACAGAUGAUUCUGAAAGACCCAAAGCAGCUCAACAGUAGUUUCAAAAGAACUGGAAUUGAAUCACAGCCUUUUUUGAACAUGAAAUUUGAAACAGAUUAUUUCGUAAAGAUUGUCCCAUUUCCUUCCAUUAAAAAUGAAAGUAAUUAUCACCCUUACUUCUUCAGAACUCGGCCAUGUGAGCUGUUGUUGCAACCAGACAAUCUGGCCUGUAAACCUUUCUGGAAACCAAAGCACAUGAAUAUCACCCAGCAAGGCUUGAACAUGAAAGUGUCUUUUGACCACGCACCCCACAGUUUUGGGUUUCGCUGUUACUACCUUAACUAUAAGCUAAAACAUGAAGGCCCGUUCAAGAGAAAAACCUGCAAACGGGAGCAUAACACAGAGAUAACCAGCUGCCUUCUUCAAAAUGUCUCUCCAGGGGAUUAUAUCAUUGAGCUGGUGGAUGACACAAACACGACCAGGAAGAUGAUGCAUUAUGUCCUAAAGCCAGUGCAUUCACCUUGGGCUGGACCAAUAAGAGCCGUUGCGAUAACAGUACCGCUUGUCGUCAUAUCAGCAUUUGCUACGCUCUUCACAGUGAUGUGUCGUAAAAAGCAACAAGAAAAUAUAUAUUCACAUUUAGAUGAGGAGAGUCCAGAAUCCUCCACGCACACUGCAGCACUCCAAGGAGAAAGACUUCGACCUCGCCCCAAAGUGUUUGUCUGUUACUCCAGUAAAGACUGUCAGAAGCAUAUUAACGUUAUCCAGUGUUUUGCCUAUUUCCUUCAAGAUUUCUGUGGCUGUGAGGUGGCACUGGAUCUGUGGGAAGACCUCAAGAUCUGUAGAGAGGGACAGAAAGAGUGGGUGACUCAAAAAAUCAAAGAUUCCCAGUUCAUCAUUGUCGUGUGUUCGAAAGGAAUGAAGUACUUUGUGGAGAAGAAGAACAGUAAGCAUAGGGGAGGAAACCGAGAUACGGGACAAAACGAACUCUUUCUGGUAGCCAUGUCCGCCAUAGUGGAGAAGCUCCGUCAGGCCAAGCAGAGUUCACAUGAGCUCUAUAAGUUCAUUGCUGUCUACUUUGAUUACUCCUGUGAGGGAGAUAUUCCCGGAGUCCUGGAUCUGAGUUCCAAAUACAAACUCAUGGAUCACCUUCCUCAGCUUUACUCUCACUUACACACGCGAGACCUUGGCCUUCAGGAUUCAGAACUGUACGCUGUCAACAUCAGUAAGAGGAACUACUUUCGGAGCAAAUCUGGACGGUCUCUUUAUGUUGCCAUUUGCAACAUGCAUCAGUUCAUUGAUCUGGAACCCGAUUGGUUUGAGAAACAAUUCAUUCAUUUCCCUCCUCCCCCCCCUCCACUCAAUUACCAUGAGCCCAUUAUGGAGAAGUUUGACUCUGGCUUGGUGUUGAAUGAUGUCAUUGGAAAACAGAUGUUGGAGGGUGAUUUCUUCCUGAAACCCAAUGCAACCCUUCUUGGGGCGGUCAAUUUAGACUCUCAUUUGAUCAUCCAGCAUUUAAGUCUGGAAGAAGACACAGAGUCUCGGGAUGUUCGUGAAGGCAGCUCUGUUCGCCGCCCACUGUUGCAUGCUGUAAAAGCCGUCAACCCCCCUGAUAUGCCUCGAGAUUCGGGGAUUUAUGACUCUUCUGUCCCAUCAUCCGAACUGUCUCUACCGCUCAUGGAAGGACUUUUAACGGACCAGAUAGAAACAUCCUCCAUUGCGGGGAGUGUCUCUUCCUCUUCAGGCUUGGGCGAGGAAGAAACGUCUGUUCUCACUGCCACCAAAUCCGUCAUCUCUGAUGUGUGUAAAGCAGAACUGAAUUGCCAAAUCUACACUGAUGAACUCCAGGCAAUUGCACCUUUAUAACCCAAUGGAAGAUUCUAAUGCAUUGCCACUUUAGCAACAAUGUUUGUCUUAACCACCACAUCAUCCUCAUAUCUGAAAUCUAUUCAUUGGAUGUUGUGUUUGUGACCAAUAGAUUCUCCUCCUUCCCCUCUCCUCCUCCCACCCACCUUGUUCUCGUGAUAAAAUCUUCGCAGUUCUCUGCAAACUUUUUACAGAAGAAUGCAAAGAGGGGAUACAUAUAAGUUCUGAAAACAUUGUUUUUUUCCAUGUUCUAUCACCUGUCUUGAACUGUGUUCACACAUUCCUGCAUUUUUGAACUUUUAAAACAAUAUUUUGCAAAACCUCUUAACACGUGGGCAUAGAAACAGGGACAGUCCAACUACCAACUGUCUAUUCGGAAUUGGCAUCUCAAGAAUCUCAUAUCGAUGUCUCUCCUCCCCCCUCCCUCCCUCCCACCCCCUUCCUAGUGAGAUAUUUAAUUGAGCAGCCACAAUUAAUAAAUAAGCAGGUGCAGAUUUACUGUUAUGAGAAUUUUAAUUUAGUUGCGUAAAUGAUCAUAUGUGGUAGCAAACAGGAAAGUCCUUUGUCCUGAGAUAUUUAGAUUGGAAUGGAAAACAGUAGGAAAUCUCAGGAAUCUGAUUCUUGCUGCUAGUCUGUGAUCCAAUUGAACUUAAUAAAAAACCAAGGGUCAGGUGUACACACGCAGUACAUAUACUUUUCACUUUUUUGGAAAGCAAUUGGUUAGUUGGGGGCUUGUGUUUUAUAUCUAGUUAAUAAGGGGCCAAUCCCUAAAUUGUCCCUUGUCUCUCCUUCCUCUCCCCACCCCCCCUUUGCAUUCAUUCCCCUAAAUGUUGUUGUUGUUUUUUAAUCAAUCAGCUGUUGGGCUCUAGCAUAGGGAAUGUAUUCAUGCUCUUAUCGUGGUGCUGCAUUUUUCUCUUUCCCAUCUGACCAUAAGUUAACAAAGUGUCCAGGUGUGCUAAUUAUAGUUGUGUUUGCUAGAUGUUGGUGUCACUGGAGUUUAAAGAAAAAAAAAGGUGCAAAGUGAAGUUGUUUCUUGUCUUAGUGAUUAGUGAUAGUAUAUUAGAGCUGUGGCUUAUUGCCUCGUAAUAAGGAUGAAUUUUUUUCAAACUACACAAGCAUGAUGGCCAAUUUAUCUGUAGUACAAUCUCUCCUCUGAGGAAAAAUCAGCACGGAAUAUAUGUUAAAAGCCAUUUCUACAGAUAAAAGGGGCUUUUAAGAACAGGACAAGAAAAUGGCUAAUCAACCAUCUGAAUAGUUUUCUAAAGAAGAAAACAUGUCUGUAAAAACUGAAGUUGCAAAUUGUAAUGCUCCCAUCCCCUAUCAUAGAUAGUUGCAAUAUUGGAUUCGCUGUCAUUUUCUGGGUCCCUAUGUAGUAAUAAAUGGGAGACCACUCUAGGAGGAAAGUUGCUAUAAAUAACCCUUUUUCAGAUGUUUUCAGUCCUGGAAAUGUUUUUCAAGUGCUAGAGUGACAUUACUGGCUCUCCUCCUGAAUCCAAUGAAGCUGCUGUACACUGAGCGAUAUGCUCAUUUUUAUAUGACCUCAGAGCAUAAAUGCUUGCCUCUUUGUUCUUGAAUACUCUUGUUCAAAGGUGCCAAUUUUUCAUUUUUAGGGUAAAAAGGGAAGCAGAAUUUUUAGUAUAGCCAGUGAGGUAGGGUGUUUUGGGGGGGGGAACAUGGUAAUUUCUGACCUGAUUUCAGUCAGCCUCAUUUGGAAACAUUAGGGCUCUUUUCAGCCCUACUUGGGUUUUGUCUGAGACCUGCGAAUGAGUAAGGCUUGGUGUUAAACCCUAAAGCUAAUGGAUGCACAAACUCUGGCUUUGCCUCUAUGGCCGGAAACCCUGGUUGCCAUGGUCCCCAUCACUCAUGAAGUCACCAUCUAUUCUGCUGUUAAUGUUACAUUUCCCCACUAACAAGUGGCACUGCUGCUUUUGCUACUCGGCAGCAUAUAUGGCAACAUUGAAAAGUGGAGCUGGAAAACCAGCCCAACUCUUCCCACCAGGAAAAGAGUUUGAGGCUUUUGCUGAAAGUAGACAUCCAAAUGCCAUCUGAUGCAAAUGGUCAGCUCAAGGCUUUAUAGCAGCAGCUGCUAGAUUCUUGUUUCAGCAAAGUACUUAUCUGUUUGUGUGCAUCAGAGAUGCAAUAGGCCAACCGGCAGCUGUUUGGCAGUUUAGAGUGGAGGGUGAGGGGAUGUCAGAUAGGAAUCAUCAGAUCUGUAACAUGGAAGAUUAGAUGUUAAACUGUGAAGUAGAAACCCCUCAUAAGGGAAUUAUUGAAAUCAUUCAGUGGGUUUUGGGCAAGAGCCUGAUGUGUCCUAAGUCCUUCGCUUCAAGGCAAGUCAGAAUGUUGUAUUCAGAGAUAAUUUUGAAAAGGGGACUCAAAAGACAAGUCCAGGUAGCCUCAGAAGCUGACUAUGGCUAUGAGUUGAUUCAUCUGAAUUCAGUAUUGCACCUUGGAUAAAAUACUUUAAAUUUGUGAUCCAGUUAAUGAUACUGAGAUGUUUAUACUUGUAGGUAGGUAAAGGUGUGUUUAAACUGUCGUGAAUUCUUUAUGAAGCUAAUAUAUAAUCUUUCGUUAGUAUAAUUUGAUCUUUAGAUUCUCCUUUAUAAACUCAAAAUCAGCAGCAGUUGAACAUUUAGCAUUGAUAAACAGGAAGAUUGCUGCCAGAGCCGAUACUCGUAGUAUGUGCUAAUGUGUACUUUUGAACACAUUUGCCCCUCCCUUCCUCUUAAACUAGUGUUUUAGUUGUAGCUACCUGCUAAAUAGUCCUAUGGUACUCCUUAAAAGAUCAAGACCCAUGCCAGUUCCAUUUCUGUCUUGAAAUUGCUUCUGCUUCUGGGUGGCAAAAUAGUUCUCUUUGCUUCUGAGGUCAAAAAUGCAGACUUCUAGGAAAGUUACUUAAAAUUUUCAGUACUAUGGUGUCAUUUAGAAAAUAAGGGGACUUGUCUGUAUAGCUCUAGCUUUCUAGACUGUCGUCGCUACCUUUUCCGGAAUAUUUCUGUUUUUUCCCCCAUUAUUCAUUUGUUCAUACAAUCGUAGUUAUUGAGAGCUUACUGUGUGCAGAGCACUGUACUAGGCGCUCGGAAAGUACAAUUCAUCAAUAAAGAGAGACAAUCCCUGCCCACGCUGGGCUUUAAUUAUCGGGAGUUUUGACAUGAUUCUGAAUGAAUAAUGAAAUAACUCCUUUCAGGAUAUGAUGCCAGUCUUGCAGCAGUUAGAAGGGCUACCUCAGAUUUAAGGGUUUGCUGAUUCAUAAAACUGAAUCCGACCAAGGUAGUCAUUUCACCACCAAACUGCCACAAACUUAAUCCAAACUUUCAGUGUUAUAGGAAAGUUGUAAGUGACCUGAAUGUUAAGUGGAAAAAGAUAGCUAAUAAAAGCUCAACCCGAUUCACAAUAAGUAGGAAAGGUUAGAGUAGUCCUACCUGCUCCUCUUUUUCAAACAUGCAGUGGAGAUAAACAAAGGAAGAGUCUGGCUGAUAUUGUCCAUAUUUCAGAGCAGGAGUUGGCUUUAAGGGGCUCCAGAUACAUCCAGGCCAUUCCCCCUACCUUUGUGCUUGAGUGAUCUUAAACAGAUGGCGUUCCAGCUUAUUCUACACUAUUCAGUGAUUGACCCUUUGGGGCAUCCCUCAGUAGCAAGCACAAGAAUCGAACUAUCCUGGUAGUCAAAAGGAAAGUUCCUUCCACUGUCUGACCGACAUGUCUCUCGGUGACAUCAAAUCCUCUUACUUUGCUCUGUUAGGGGUAGGAGAACACUACCACUACCCUUCUGUUCAAAAACCUUCAUAAUCAUCCUUCCGUGCCUGAACUCCCAUUUUGUCUUUAAAAGUACCUUAUAGAUCUUUAAUAAUUUUCAUUGCUUCUCUUGACCUGUGUCAGUUUCUCUAAAUUCCUCUUAAAAUGUUCUGUUCUGGGUUGGAUAUGGUACUUUGUACCACUCAAGCAGUGUUAAUUUGAGUUAAUCAGACUCCAUUUAACUGCCUCUUAUGUCCACUACCUUUUCAUUCCUUAUUUUAUGUGUAGAUGCUUUAUUUUUCCUCCUAGUGCUUGUCCGUGCAACACUUUAUUCUGUUUGGGGUUUUUUUCCAAUUAUGUUUCUAUUUGGUCAUUUUGGUCAAUGCCAUUUUCAGUUCUAAUUCUAAUGUCUGUGGUGCCAGUCCCUCUCUGUUUGGCUUCUUCUUUGGUCUUUGUUUCAUCAUCCAAAUAAUAGAUUUAUAUAUUGAAUUGUAUAAUCUUUAACCCAGGACAGUCCCUGAGAAAUCUGCCACUGUCUCUUCUAAACUGUUAUUGGUAACCCCUUUUCCUAAAGCAGUUGUGCAUCAAUGUAACACUUUCUGGACUUUAUCUGUGGGCAUGGGUAAUCAAUCCAUAGUAUUUGAAUGCCUACUAUGUGUGAAGCACUCUAGCUUUUGGGAGAAUA